AUGGAAAAAAGCUGGAUGACUGAGCCUAAUAGACUUCGAUCACCUGCUUAUGCUGCAGGCGUUAACAAUUUUCUUGAGAUGGCGCAAAACCAUGCUAGGGGAAGUCAUCGCAUUCGGUGUCCAUGUCGAAUAUGUUCUAAUAAUCUCUUCCUGCCUUUACUUACCGUAGAGAGUCACUUGUUCAUAAAUGGGAUCGAUCUGAACUACACUGAAUGGAUUUUCCAUGGUGAGGAGGAAACCCGAAAUUUGUAUGUGGACGAUGAAGAAGUUGCUGUUAGUGAUGAAGAUGAAUUCAUCGAUGAUAUGGACAAUAUGUUAGACGACAUAUUGGCUGGGACAAACGUCGAUGUUCCCCAAAGUAGCACUCCAUUGCCGAGCCGGGAUUCAUUUCCUGAAGCAUUACCAGUGUCAUCGUUUGACGAGCUAUUAGAGGAUGCUCGACGUCCACUUUUCGGCGGUUGUACAAAAUUCUCUAAACUUUCGUUCAUUGUGAAAUUGUUACACAUAAAAACCCUUGGUGGCUGGUCAAUCAAGUCAUUUGAUAUGCUCCUUAACUUGUUGAAGUCUGCUUUUCCGGAUGCUGAAUUGCCACUCUCAUAUGAAGAUGCUCGUUCAUUGGAGCGAGGUUUGGGCUUCAAGUACAACAAAAUUCAUGCCUGCCCCAAUGACUGCAUCUUAUAUUGGAAGGAAUAUUCAGAACUAAAUUCAUGCCCUAUAUGUAAGGCCUCAAGGUGGAUGUCAACUACAAAUGGGACCCGGGUGAUCCCUCAUAAGGUGUUGCGGCAUUUUCCUUUAAAGCCAAGAUUACAGCGACUUUUCCUGUCCACAAAGAUAGCAGCUGAAAUGAGAUGGCAUAAAGAGAAGCGAGUGACAGAUGAUUUAUUUCUGCGUCAUCCCGCUGACUCUAAGUCUUGGAAGGCUUUUGACGAGGCACAUAGUUGGUUCGCUAACGAUCCUCGCAAUGUUAGGCUUGGUUUGGCAAGUGAUGGUUUCAAUCCAUUCAACAAUAUGGCUAAGCCUUACAGCAUAUGGCCAGUGAUCCUUGUACCAUAUAACUUGCCACCGUGGUUAUGCAUGAAAGACCAAUUCUUUAUGACAUCCCUCAUUAUUCCUGGCCCAAAAUCACCGGGGAAUGACAUCGAUGUUUAUUUGCAGCCGUUGCUCGAUGAAUUGCUUGAACUUUGGGAACAUGGGAAUACAGAUUCCCAUUGGUUGAAAUAUGGCCGGAAACACUGUUAUAUGGGACAUCGGCGUUUCCUCCCGCAAAACCACAUUUGGAGGAAGAAAAAGUUGUUGUUUAAUGGUAAUGAAGAUCAUCGCAUUCCACCAAGACUGUUAGGGGGAGCAGAUAUUUUAAGUCAGCUACAGAUGCUUGGGGAUGUACCAUUUGGAAAAUCUAUUAGGAAGAGAAAACGGACUGCCGUAGAGUUGAACUGGACGAAGGACAGCAUAUUUUUCAAGUUACCUUAUUGGUCAACACUACUACUUCGGCAUAAUUUAGAUGUCAUGCAUACUGAGAAGAAUAUAUGUGAUAACAUCUUCGGCACUUUAUUGAAUAUUCCUGGGAAAACAAAGGAUAAUAUAAACUCUAGACGUGAUCUAGAGUUGUUAGGGUUAAGAAAGGAAUUGCAUUUGAAGGUUGAAGGGCAGAAAAUUACCAUGCCUCAUGCAUUGUACACGUUACACGGAGAUGAAAGGAAGACAUUUUGUUCUUGGCUGACCAAUGUUAAAUUUCCAGAUGGGUUCGCAUCCAAUAUCUCCCGCUGUGUUUCUGUACAUGAUUGCAAAAUCUCUGGCUUCAAAAGCCAUGACUGCCAUGUUUUCUUGCAGCGCUUACUGCCUAUUGCUGUCGGCGGGUACUUAAGGAGUGAUAUCGCCUUAGCGUUGACUGAACUAAGCACUUUCUUCAAAGAGUUGUGUGCGAGAACACUAGAUAUCAAUCGCCUGUCCCAGCUUGAAAUUGAUGUUGCCUACAUCCUGGAGCACUACGCGAAAUGUCAGGUGAACAACCAAAAUUCCAUUGAUCGAACACAUCAACAUGAGUUUCCAACGUGGUUCAAGAAACGUGUUCAAGACCAGCGAUCUAGCAACCCACUUGGGGUCUCUGCCGAUCUAUAUGCGUUGGCUUGUGGUCCUGACAAUUGGGUGGGAUCCUACACUGCUUGCAUAAUAAAUGGGAAAAGGUUCCAUACAAAGCAGCGCGAACUUCGGCGACGAACACAAAAUUCGGGUGUGGUGGUAACUGGGGACCAACAGUCUAAUAAUGUGGACUUCUAUGGUGUUAUCAAUGAUGUCGUGGAGUUACACUACAUGGGAGGGCGUCGAGUGUACUUGUUCUCUUGUGAUUGGUUUGAUGUUGGCGAUAAGAAACGGGGUGUACGAGUAGACCACCACAUGACUAGUGUCAAUAUGGACAGGACUUGGUAUAAGGACGACCCGUAUGUGUUGGCAUGCCAGGCUUCGCAGUGUUUUUACAUUAGAGAUCUAAGAAUGAGGGGAAAUUGGUGUGUUGUCCAGAAGUUCAAUAAUAGGAAUGUAUAUGACAUUCCACCCAUCAUGAGGGUGUUAGAAGAUUUGGAUGGUCAAUGUAGUGACGAUGAUGCUUAUCAAGAAAAUGAAUCUGCAUAUGAUUACGUACCCAUGCAAUGUGAUGAAGUUCCUGUGGUGACUCCACUAACUCGGAUUGAUAUAGAACCUAGGCAAAUUGAUGCACGUGAAGUGGCGAUGAUGGGUCUAGCAGGCAUAGAUUUAGUUACAAGAGCAAGCAUGGAAGAUCCACUCGCCCUGUCUGGUUCAGAUGAUGGGUAUGGGGAUGGAGAAUAUUCCGAUGAGGAAGACCUAUCCACAGAUCUAGAGUCCAUGUAA